CCAUGCACUCUGUCUCCCACAUAAUCAUUCCUUCCGUUUGCACCGACCUGGCGUCUCAUUGGUUAAAUCCCAAACUGCAUAUUUAUCUGUUUGGUCUGGGCGGGGUAUAUAUACACGCUGUGGGUCGGUUAACUCUGGCCACAAGUUUCAAAACUUUCAGAGUGGGCAGACAGGCAGAGAGACAGUGAGUCGGACAGUCUGAGUGACGGACGGGAAUCAAACUCUGGACAAACCGCUGCACCGCACACUCCAAACAAGAGCUGUUGUUUUUUAGAAAAAAAAAACAUACAGAAAAAGCAGUCAAGUCAUUGUGGAUCAUUCUCAGGGAGAAUAUCCUGCUCCACCACUUGUUUGUUUUUUUCUUUCAUUCUCUCCUUCUUCCUCAUCUCAGAUCUCGAUGCUUUGCUUUGGGAUUUUUGCUCCAUAUCCUUCAGAGUCCAGUCUUGCUGUUUGUCUUUGUCAUAUGAAAAACUUUGAGGUCCAAAUUUUUUCCAGAACUUUACAACUGAACAAACUGAAACAGACGUUUGUGGAAUUUCACUUGGACUAAAAGUUGAAUCAGAGCCCAGUCCUGGGAUGAAUUUAACCGAGGCCAGGUUGUCUAGAGAGACUCUUCUGCAUCCGACACGGGUUCCUCUAGGGGGUCACUGGACUUCCCGAACCCCAAGUCCAUCCUCCGAUGCUGAGAUGGGUUUUGAACAGAACCUCUCAGAGGACUGCAGUUCUCCUGAUGGCCACGGUGGCGGCAGCAUGAGAAGACCAGAGCCAAGAAUUCCUCUAAUGCCGGCUUCAGGUGGACAGAGCCCAGACCUGAACCAGGCAGCAGGUGUGUCGGUGAGCACGGCAGAUGGAAAGGCUGUGGGAGGAGAGCAGAGGAUCCGCAGACCCAUGAACGCCUUCAUGGUCUGGGCCAAGGAUGAGAGGAAGAGACUGGCCCUGCAGAACCCUGACCUGCACAACGCUGUCCUCAGCAAGAUGCUCGGUCAAUCCUGGAAGUCCCUGAGUGCCACAGACAAACGUCCGUUUGUAGAGGAAGCGGAGCGCCUCCGUGUGCAGCACCUCCAGGACCACCCAAACUAUAAAUACAGGCCGCGCCGAAAGAAGACCACUAAAAAACUCAAAAGGGUCGAACCGGGGAUUCUGCUUCACAGCCUGACUCAGGGGGGCACACCAGGCUUUGCGUUAGGACCAGGCAUCAGUCCUUUAGGUCCUGAUGGUGUCUCUGGUGGGCCACUCUAUGGACACUCGGGCGGUCACUCUCAACAUCACCACCAACCUCACCAUCUGUUGCCCUCUCUGGGACACUUUAGAGACCUCCAGGGCCCAGGACACCCAGAGCUGGAGAGUUUCGGCCUGCCCACUCCAGAGAUGUCUCCUCUGGACGUACUGGACGAUGGAGCUGGGGAAUCUGUGUUUUUCCCCCAACACAUACAAGAGGAGGGAGGGAUGGGAGGCUGGAGCGGGUAUCACCAUCAUCACCACAUCCACCCUCAUAACCAACAUUACGGCUCACACUACAACCACGGUCAUUCCAACUCCAUACAUGGAGCACCACAUGGUCAUAGUUCAGGCUUGAGCGCUGCCUCCAGUUUAGGCACAAACAUGAAUUCCAGCCUGAGUCCAGGUAGAAGUUCCAGACUUGACUCUAGAAUGAGUUCUGCUGAGACAAACAUGACCUUGAGCAUGAGCUCUGCCACUUCCAGUCUAGUGAAUUCAGUCAACUCCAGGAUAAAUCCUACCCAUGUCUCUGGUCACCACAUCACCUUAAGAAGUCCUGUUAAGGGCCCUCCUCAUUCGACCUCCCCCUCCCCCGCCUCUUACCCUCAGUCUGCAAUCAGCCUUUCUGAGCCGAUAAAAUGUCACCAGUCGCCCCUCAGCACUACUCCUGGUAGCUACUUCAAUCAGAUGUAUGGGAAUGGCACACCAAGUGCCACCAGUUUCACUCCCCUAGGUCAGCUUUCUCCUCCCCCAGAAACGUCUACCACUUCUUGCCUGCCGUCCAACCCCUCAUCGUCUUUUCUUCCCCCUGUGCACUUGGACCCUGCCAAUUCUGACUCUGGCGGUCAUUUGGUGUCUUCUUCUGCUGAGUUUUGGUCUGAGGUGGACAGGCAUGAAUUUGACCAGUAUGUGAAUAUUGGAAGGAAUCGGGAGGAGUCCUUCGGACUCGGUGUCAGUUGUGGGCUUGGGUCUAAAAUCAGUCGCAGUCGCAGCAUUAAUAGCAGUGUUAGCAGUAUCAUUAAUAGGGAUUUGAGUGGUGUAACCGGCUGUGAUGAAGUAAGCAGCCCUCUCAUAUCUGCUCUUUCUGAUGCCAGCAGUGCUGUCUAUUACAGUGCCUGUAUCACUGGAUAAACAUGAAUUCAUAUUUUUAAGUACCUCUGUGAAAACAGUUAGGUUCAGUUCAACUGAACCACAGUUGUAUCUCAUAGGCAGGAAGUUAGUCUUAGACAUUGUUUAAGCCUAUUCUAGUGUUAAAUUUUUUCCUAUCAAAUUAUUAAAAUGUUAUUAUAAUGAAGGGAUACCGGUGCUCGCACUGCUUUAAGCUAAUUUGUACUAACUGGAAAAAGUAAAAAUGUAAAAAUAAAUCUUGCACCAGUGGGUUGCUAACUAAAUAUAUCAUCUAAAUAUUUCAGGUCUUGGCACCUUAGCAUUGAAGAGUUUAGGUAGCCAGUGUUUUGUUUCUUUUUAUCUGAGCAACUGGUCACUUUCCCUGUAUUAUAGUCAUUAAUAGAUAGUUUUGUUUUU